GAGACACUGCACAAGGCCUUUGGGCCCAUCCUCGCCAUGGCCCAAUGCUGUGGUCUGAUGCCUCUGCAUGGCAUUUGUUCUCCCACCUCUGCCCACCUGUACUUCCGCCGCCGGUCUGCGCGCUUCGUCUAUUGCCUGUGCGUCGCGCUCGUGCUGGGCGUCGUUGAGCUGCUGUCCGUCAUACACAUGAUCACGGCCUUCUGCAUCAGUGGCGUAGGUUUCAUGUCAAGCAUCGGCUACAUGACGGCCGGCGCGGUGUUCUACGGCAACUCGUGCAUGGCGCUGUGGCUGUUCGCGCGGCUGGCCCGCCGCUGGCCCGCGCUCAUGGCCGCCUGGAGCAGAGUGGAGCAGGCCACGUGGAGGUGGCGCCGCCCCGAGCUGGCGCUAAGGUUCAAGGUCAUCACCGGCGUCAUCCUGGCCACCGCCCUGGUUGAACACAUACUCAGCAUCCUGACUAACAUACCGGACCUGCUCUUCCAUAAGAAGCACAACGCGACAGUGUGUCCUGGUGACCAGGACCUUGUGGAGAAGAGAGUCAACAUGGAGGGAUGGCAGAACGACUUUCUGCGGGUGUAUUCCUGCAGGUCUCACUCGUUCAUCUUUACAGUCGUCAGAUAUCAGACGUGGAUGGGAGUCAUCGUCUUCAUCAUCAGUAAGAUAGCAACAUUCAUCUGGAACUACACUGACAUUUUCGUCUGUCUCCUCGGCAGUGCCCUAACAGAAACCUACAACAAACUGAACCAGAGGAUGCUAAGUGUUAAUGGCAAAAGUCUGAGGCAGCAGGAGUGGCAGGAGAUGCGCGAGCACUACGCCAUGCUGUCGUCCCUCACCAAGACCGUCGACGAGAACAUCAGCGGCAUCGUGCUGCUGUCCUUCACCAACAACCUGUACUUCAUCUGCCUGCAGCUGCUCAACGGGCUGUCGCCCAACCUGACCAGCGCGCUGGACAGCGUGUACUUCUUCGGGUCGUUCGUGUUCCUGCUGGCGCGCACCGUGGCGGUGACCUUGUUCGCGGCCCGGGUGCACGACGAGAGCCGCGUGGCGCUGCCCGUGCUCUACAACUGCCCCUCGGACAGCUACUGCGAGGAGGUUUCUCGUCUCCAGGUGCAGAUAACCGCGGAUGAAAUCGCCCUUACGGGAAUGCGCUUCUUUUACGUCACGAGGAACUUCAUGUUGGCGAUGAUCGGGGCUAUCGUGACGUACGAAGUAGUGUUGCUGCAGUUCAGUGUCGCCAUGCUGAGCAACAAAGCAAACACGACGUCCGACACGCCUUCUCACUAGCAACGUUUCCACUGACUGGAUCGAGCGACCAAGCCACAAUUGCAAUUUUGAGCAGCCGCUGUUCAUAUGGAAAUAUACAAAAAAAAA